UGGAAACAAAUACAUACAAUGUUUCAACCGCUGUAUGGAAGGACAGUCCCAAAACUGUUCAUUAAUAGUCUAAUUUCUGAACAGUUCCAUGACAUUCCCUCCAUACAGCGGUUGAAACAGCUGUAUGGAGUGAAUGUCCCAGAACUGUCAGAAAUAGACUAUUUCUGACAGUUCUGGGACAAUCACUCCAUACAGCUGUUUCAAACGCUAACUGUCCUUCUUCUCAUCCUUCUCCUUCUUCUCAUUCUCCUUCUCACAUCCUUCUUCUCAUCCUUCUUCUCAUCCUUCUUCUCAUCCUUCUCCUUCUUCUCAUCUUCUCUCCUUCUUCUCAUCCUUCUCCUUCUCCUUCUUCU